GGAACAUGGAAAAACGACAAGGCAAGGCGAAAAGGGGAUAGCAUCGGUGACCGAUAAGCACCGUAUUUGGCAAAGCCCCCUUUUUUCCGAAGGUACUGCUCUCCCCAGAGAAUUUUUUUUUACGAAACGAUGGCUUCUACAUCUCUUUCUCUCCUCCACUUCUUUUUCUUUUACUUACUACUCACUGCCAUUACAACACUCGACUUGCUUCGUUACUGUCUUACACACGCUCCUUCUUUAUCGAGCUUUGCCGCGUCUUGCAACCUUUUAAACAACACUCGAACAACACUCGAAUAUUGCGCAUCUCGCACAACAACCUUGGCCGCCCCUCGAUUGAGACGCAUCUCUUACAACGACUUGGUCUCUGCCCUCCAUUUGAUGUGCUGCUUUACUUUUCAUUUUCCUAGCAGCAAUCGAACCAUGCUAGGUCCAAAUUCUUUGUUUUUGUAUCGUUACUGUCGACUCUGUCUGGCAUCUCUCUUGCUUUGCUCCCACGAGGUACUUGGACAUUCGAUACACGUUUCAGAAAUGAGGGUGGCUAUUAUACUUUAUAUAUACGUUACUAAACAGCACAUUUUUCUUUUGUCGUAGUAUUGCCGCUCCCAGCUAUAGCUGUUUAUAGACCAUUGUACAAGCUCGCGAUCCAACGGACUGGCGUCAUGCUGUUUUGCACUAGGGGUAGGUUGACUGUGUUUGAUGGGUUAAUACGGUUGUUUGUAGCACUGUCCGUCCAUUGUCUAUCCGUGUCAAGAUGCUUCUGGUUUUGGAGAAGAUACUCUUUU